AUGACUAGACAACAAGUUCUUUUCAAAGUAGGUGGCCUUGGCACCCGAAUCGUAACUGAUGGAGUUAAUAGUUAUCUUAUUAACACUCAACCUUUUCAAUAUAAAGGAGAUAGAUAUUUUGGAAAUAAUGAUUUUUCUGUCAAUCUUAAUAAUAGUCGCCCGCCAAUUCGUGAGGGACGAAGUGUUUAUUUAGGAAUAGAAGAAAAACAAUUAGAUGAAAGAUUUACCAACUUUCCAAUUAGAUAUAUUGAAUUAGAAUGUGCUAGUAAUGGUGAAGCGGACGAACUUCAUGGCGAAUUAGAAAAUAAAAGGGGAGAAUUGACCAUUCGGAAUGUGGAAAUAGACACCCCCGAAUUUACUAUUCAAGCCGCACAACCAAUUGCUCCUGGGAGCGAUGUUUUUACCUUGGAAGUGAAGGGAACCUUACUUAUUAAUGGUCAAGCUGUCAAAUUUGUUAAUAUUAGAAGUAAUUCUCCUUUCCUCCAACCCCAGCAAAAAAUAGUAAUUAGAGGAGUUAAAUUUGGUUCCGCUAAAGCCAAAAUUAAACUGGCAACGAGUGGAGUUAAUCACUUUGAUAUUCUUGGACAUUUUGACAAUAUUGAGCCAAUUGCUAGUAGUGAUUCGCCCGCAACCGCCGCUGAUAUUUUCCGCCAAGCCUUAAUGGCUAAUGAUAAUCAAUUAAUAGCUAUUCUGACCCAAUGA